AUGGCCCCUCCCAUGCAUCAACAAACCUCAUCCCGCACCCAUUCCACCACCACUACAGCGGCCACAGCUACGCAAACCCUAACAUCAAACCCCGUUCUCCGCCUGCGUGCUACAGCUCCCUCACCGCAGAACCGGAGGCGGAUACAAUGGGCUGAAGACGUCGUCGACAAUGAGGGACUGGGGCGGAAGACAUCGAAAGUCUGCUGCAUCUACCACGCGCCCCGCCCCGUCGGCGAAUCCUCUUCCGAGUCCUCCUCCGGCUCCUCUUCGGACAGCGACUCCGCGGGCGACGACAGCGGGAACAACGAUGGCCGGGCGCGCAUGGGCGGGAAGGGCAAAGCGAAGAAGCAGAGGCAUCGGCACGGUGAGCCGGGCGAGGGCUGUGGGCAUGAUCACGGUGAUGGGGGACGAGGGGAAAGUGCGACGGGGAGGGUGAAGAGGAAGGGUGCGAAUGCUUAUGAGACGGCGCCGAAAGUGAAGACGGCGGAGGUCAAGCCGUGA